AUGGAAUAUGUUCAAAUUGUUAUAGAUGAUAUACAAUUUAAUACUCUUCAUAAUCUUUCAUAUCAAUUGAAUUUAAAAGCAUUUGAUCAUACAAAUAUCUUUGAAAUAAAUAUAUUAAAUUCAAAAGAAAUGCAAUUAGCUUUAAAUCAAUCAUCCAUUUUGACAUGGAAAGAAAUUCAAUUACGUAAUUGUUCAUUAACGAAUGUUGAUUUUCUUAUUGAAAGUUUAGCAUCUAAAGCAUUAGCUGCAAUAAAUUUAUCAUCGAAUAAAUUAGUUCAUAUACCGUCUUUAGUCAACUUUACUGAACUCACUUAUAUUGAUUUCCAUAAUAAUUUUAUUGAAGAAAUUAAAUCAAAUAUUUUUACAAAUUUAACACAUGUUUAUCUAAUUGAUUUGUCCUAUAACCGAAUAAAACAUAUUGCACAUGAUGCAUUUGUUAAUUUGUAUUUACCUACUUUAUUAUUACACAACAAUCAAUUGCAUUCGCUGGAAAGUGUAACACCGCACAAUGUAUUAACAUCAUUUCUAUAUCCAAUAAAUCGAACAUUACAAAAGCUAUAUUUAAACGAUAAUUUCUUACAUGAUUUUAAUCCCAUACGAAAUCUUUCGACUUUAUAUACAUUACAUUUAGAUAACAAUCAAAUCAAAGAUUUAAGUGAAGAUUCAUUUAAAAAUUGUCAUCAACUUGAAACAAUUCAAUUAAAUUCAAAUCAUAUUCAAUCGAUUCAUCCAUUAGCUUUCGAUAAAACAGUGGUGAAAUUUUUAGAUUUAUCAUCCAAUUUAUUUUCUUCUUUAGAAACAACGAAAGUGACAUAUGAUGAACAUUUUAAUCCUAGAAAUAUCACAACUUCAUUUCUUGAUCACAUCGCACGGAAUCUUAUUACUCUAUCAUUAGCAAAUUGUACAAAUUUAUUAGAAAUUAAUUGGUUUGUAUUUACAAAACUGAAAGCAUUAUCUCAUUUGACUCUUUCACAUAUGCCGAAAACAGAGCAAUUUUGGUUUUAUCAAGCAAGAAAUAAUACUGGAAUAGAAAGAAGUACUCGCUCAUCACAAUUACAAAUUAUUCUUAAUGGUAUUCAUUUUAAUAAUGAUGAUUACUGUUUAUCAAAACCAAUAUUUCAAAUUUUGAAUUCGAUAAGUCUAACACUGGAUAUAAAUCACCCAUGUAAUUGUUUUGUACUCAUGUUUAAAAACAUACUCGAUACGGAUAGUUUUCCAAUUUGUUUAACGAAUCAAUCGAUUGUAGAUGAAUUAACUCAUCAGUGUAUGAAUAUUGACUCGUAUUGUUUAACUUUGACAACUAGUACAACUGUAACCUCUACUCAAUCAACUUCAUCAUUAUUAAGUACAACUAUUCCAUUGACUGAAUCAUCAUCAAGCACAAGUUCUUCAACCAGAAAUACAACAAUUCAAAUAACUACUGUGUCAACAAUAACAGAACAACCAGUAACAUCAAGUUCGAGAUCAUCAAUUACAACGACGAAUAGUCCGACGACAUUAGGAGUCACGAAAGAAGAUGGAAAAUGGAAAACAAUAUUAGCAAUAACGAUUCCUUUAACAGUUAUUAUUGUUGUGUCUAUAACUGCCAUUUAUAUUGUUAAAAGACAAAAACCAAAGAAGUCCAGGGAGAUUAUUGAAUUGCGAGGAUUUGAGAAUGUAUUUACUGGAAAAUAA